GCCGGGCUGUGCUCAGCUCCUCACACCUCCCCGCCCAGCUCCGGGGCUCUGCGGGUUGUGUUAACUCGGACAGGCACAAACAGCUGCAGAUCAGCAGUUAUCCCCCCGCAAAAGAUGUAAAACAAGGCUUGAACAUCACCAUUAUCUGUCAAACAAAAGGCUGAGAGAGUUGGGGCUGUUCAGCCUGGAGAUGAGAAAAGUCCAGGGGAACCUCAGAGCCCCUUCUAGUUAAAGGGGCUAACUUAGAGCUGGAGAGGGCCUUCUGACAAGGGAUGGAACAUAUGACGAAGGAGAACAGCUUUCGCUGGGGAGAAGGUAGACUUAGAUUAGCUAUAUGAAGGGAACUUUUCCCUGUGCGGGCGGUGAGACCCUGGCACAGGCUGCCCAGAGAAGCCGCGGCUGCCCCAUCCCUGGCGGUGCUCAGUGCCGGGCUGGACAGAGCUUUGCGCACCCUGCUCUAGAGGAAGGUGUCCCUGACCACGGCACAAGAGCUGUAACAAGAUGCUCUUUCCAACGCAGCCAUUCCGCGCUCCCUGUCCCGCCCCGGCGGCGCUCGGGGCUCGGCGGCUCCGGCGCGGCCCCGCGGGCGCUCCCCGGGGUGGCCCCUCACGGCCGGGGCCGGGCGCGCUCCGCUUUACGGCUGCUGAAAACUCCCGGGGCGGGCCGGGCCGGGCCGUGCGGCGCCGGGCACCCGCUGGGGCAGCGCAGGUACCGGGGCAGUGCAGGUACCGCCGGGCACCCGCUGGGGCAGCGCAGGUACCGGGGCAGUGCAGGUACCGCCGGGCACCCGCUGGGGCAGCGCAGGUACCGGGGCAGUGCAGAUCUCGUCUGGACUUUGGAAAUAACUUUGGUUCUUGGAUUCCUUCUGUUGACCCAGGAUAAAAAGAUGGCCUAUCACAAAGUGAGUGCAGACCAGAGGGCACAGGGGCACUCUCCAUACCUUGACAACGAUGAGCUCCAAGCCACGGCGUUGGAGCUGGAGUGGGACAUGGAGAAAGAGCUGGAGGAGCCUGGAUUUGACCAUUUCCGCCUGGACAGCGCAGCCCAGCAGCACCUGGGGAACUCACAGAGCCCUGACCUCGACCUGGAGCCCAUCCAGCCUUCCUCUUCUCCAAAGGGAAGGUUCCAGAGGCUUCAGGAAGACCCUGACUACAUCUCCCACUACACCAGACAGCCAAAACCAAAGAGCAACCGCUGCAGCUUUUUUCGGAUACUGAAAGUAUUUUGCACUGCUUUGAUUUUAUUUAUUUUUGGAAUUGUGAUAGGAUAUUAUGCACGCAAGAAAUGCCCUUCUCCCCCAACAUCUCGAAAGCCAAAUAAUCUUCAUAUCUACCAUGAAAUUCUCAAGGAAAUCAAAGCUGAAAAUAUUCAAAAGAUUUACAGAGAUUUGUUAGAGUUCCCCAGAGAAGAAGAUGCAGACAUUGCAGUGAAGAUCCUGGCUCAGUGGCAUUCCCAAGGCCUGGAAGAUGUCCAGCUGGUGAAUUACUCCGUUCUGCUCGACCUGCCAGGCCCUUCUUCAAACACUGUAACUCUGCAGAACAGCGGGGAAUGCUUUUAUCCGAGUGGCCAACAGUGCAGCAGAGACCCCAAAACACUUCACAGCCAAGACCUCCUGUACUCGUACGCAGCUUAUUCUGCCAAAGGAACUCUUGAGGCAGAGCUUGUUGAUGUCCAGUACGGGACCAUGGAAGACCUGAUCCGGAUUCAAGCCAUCACAAAUGUGACCAAAAAAAUUGCACUUUUGAAGCUUGGACAAUCACCUUUGCUUUAUAAGCUUUCUCUGCUGGAAGAUGCAGGGUUUGGUGGUGUUCUCCUUUACACGGAUCCCUGUGAUUUACCAAAGACUGCAGACCUCGCUGACAAAGCUUUUCUGGUGUCCCUGAACAGCGGAGGAGAUCCAUCCACGCCUGGCUAUGCCAGUAUUGAUGGAAGCUACAGGCAAAAUCGACUGAACCUCACAACACUGCUGGUACAACCAAUUUCUGCGGUGCUUGCCAGAAAACUUGUUUCCCUGCCUGGGGAGGACCCAGCCCAAAAAGACAGGUGUACACCCCUCCAGCUGCCAGCUGCAGGCAAAAAAAUAAUCAGUCUGAACAUUCAGUCUGUCACAACUUACAAGACAAUUUCUAAUGUCAUUGGAUAUCUAAAAGGAGCUGUAUUUCCUGACAGAUACGUCAUCGUUGGUAGCCAUCACAGCAGUUUGAAGGGUUAUGGUGGGCAAGGCUGGGCCAGCAGCACUGCUGUCACCACAGCCCUGCUCCAAGCCCUGAUGCCAAAGGUGAAGAGGGGCUGGAGGCCUGACAGGACCGUGCUCUUCUGCUCCUGGGGAGGAACAGCCUGGGGGAACAUCGGCUCCUACGAGUGGGCUGAGGAUUUCAGGAGCGUUCUUCAGAGAAAUGCUGUGGCCUACAUUAGCCUCCAUAAUCCAGUCACAGGCAACUCAACUCUACACCCCGUUGCAUCCCCUUCUCUUCAGCAGCUGGCAGCAGAGAGCCAGAGCUUCAACUGUGUGGAAAAGGCAAGAUGUCCAGGAUCCAAUGUGAGUUCUGUGCAGAUCCAGGGAGAUUCAGAUUAUUUCAUCAACCACCUCGGAGUGCCUGCCACGCAGUUUUCCUAUGAGGACAUCAAAGCAUCAGAGAACUCCAGCUUUCUCUCUGAAGCCCUUUUUCCUGUACAUGCAACAAAAACUGAAGAGCUGGAUCCCUCCUUCAGCUUGCACGAGACCAUUGCAAAGCUAACAGGACAAGUGACUUUGCAAAUUGCCACUGAUCCAGUUUUGCCGUUCAAUGCCCUCAACAUCGCGUUAGAAGUUCAGAACAGUCUGAAAGGUGAUGAAGCAGGCGUCCCUCAGCUGCUGGCAGUGGCAGCGCGUCUGAGGGACACGGCGGAGCUGUUCCAGUCGGACGAGAUGCGCCCGGCCAAUGACCCCGAGGAGCGAGCUCCUGUCAGAGUCAGGAUGCUCAAUGAUGUGCUGCAAGGCUUGGAGAAAAGCUUCCUGGUUCCUCAAGCUCCUCCAGGGCUUUACAGAAAUAUUCUUUACAGACUGGAUGACAGGACCAGCCAGUUUUCAGUACUGCUGGAGGCACUGGAGCACUGCAAACUACAUCAGUCAAAUGAGACUGUUCAAGCAGCCUUGUCAGAGGUGCUGAACAGCAUCAAUUCAGCUCAGGUUUACUUCAAAGCAGGACUUGAUGUGUUUGAGACUACCUUAGCUGGAAAGAAAUGAGAGGAUUCUCUGCAUUCUAAGACAUUUGUUUACAGCUCGCUAAACAAAAGUUUGACUUGGACCAGAAUUGUUCUGAGGAUCAAACCUUUCUCAGCCUUUCCUUCAGCUGGCUCUUAAAGGUACUGCAACACGUGGUUUCAGAAAUGUAAAACAGUAUUUUGCACUGUUCACAGUAUAUCUGAAAUGUCUGUUCCUGAAUGUAUAAAACCUAAAGAGACGGAAUAACACUUCAGAGAUGAUUUUUGGAAGGACAUCUGAUGUAUUUUUGUAUGUAAAAUAUGUUUUUAUGACUAAGAGCUCAAUCUUGCAAAGUACCAAGCGCAUCCCGUGAUGUGCUGAAGCCCUGGUUCUGAGACACCCCAGAUGUGCACCCAGGGGCUAUUUCCUCUGUCAGAAAAAUCUGGCUCAAGUUUCUUAAUGUUUCCAGCAAGUUCAGCUUCUUCCUUACUCCAUUCAGAGUAAGUAACUGAAGGAAGUGGUGUUUCCAUGGGUAUCCAGCACCGGAGUGGAAAUGCACUGCACACCUUUACGGGUGCAAUCCAACACCUUUACUCCUGUGGAACAAGAAAUACCUCAGUUCUGAGAAUACAGAUAAACUUCAAUUCUUCCAUUUCUGUAUGAAAAUAAAGAGUUGUUUUCUCUAAUGUUUCUUGGAGAGGAAAUUUUUGUGAUGAUUUCAAAUUAUUUGAAAAGUGUGAAUCGGUAAUUACACUUGCACAAAAAUGCUUUGAAUGUUUAUGUUAAAUGAAAGAACUGCCUAGUCCUUAUAAGGCUAGAGGCCUUUACAAAUUUUCAGCAAACAUUCCCAAAACAUUCCACUUCAAGGUCUCUAAAUUUCCAGAGAGCUGUAAAUAAAAGCAAGACCUCCAAGUCCUGGGAAGAGUUUUGGGAUUCCAUCGCUCUUUGCCAUCCGCCAUUCCAGGCCAGAUCAUUCCAUAAGGAAUGAUGGAAUAUAGGGCCUGGAUCGUUGUCAAAAAAGCACAAGGAAAACACACAUUCAUUCCCUGCUGUAGAACCAGGAAUUCAAGUGUGGAGGCACAAGCUGGUGAAGCAUAUUGCAGAGCUAAAAUGCAAAUGUGUUUUUCCAUUGGUAAAAGGAUCUAAUCACACCAUUGCCUGUUGGCCAAAGUAAUCUGUGAGAGAAAGGAUCAGGAGGUUCAGUGUCCUCUAGGGGCAUGCUAUGCACAUUUGAGAACUCCAGAUUUUAAUAAUAUAAACAGUUGAAAUUGUUAAGCCCUAUUUGGGUUUUACAGUCUAAAAUUAUUCUAGGUUUAGAGCUUAAAUAAUUAAUUUUAUAUAGAUACUUAGAAUUUAAAUAUAAUUUAUUUGAUGGAAAUGUUAAAUGUAUUGUUACCCAGUUUGCCAUGGAAACAUUACAGGGACAUUUCAGGUUGCAAUAAAAAUAGAAAAAUUGUCUGUAUUAAUGUUUAAAAAUUGCCUUCAGGAAAAUUUCUGAGUGCACAAUUUGGUGAAAAAUGUUUUGAAGUUCACAUAGCAAGAAAUGAGCUGUUUACAGAUCUGGGUUUCUGUUUCCAAAGUCCUUAGCAAAGGGGUCUCUCCAAGCCAUGGCCCAGGACUGGGCACACACAGCUAUGCUGUUUCUACUUUUCUUCACAAGUUAUGAUUGAAGAGUGGGAAAAGCCCCCCGGGGCUGAGCAGGGGCAGAGCUGUGCAGUUGUACAGCAGC